UGUUGCGUGUGCUUUGUAUUCCGGCGUAGUCCUUCAAACCAUGGCUCUUAACUAUCAGACGUCGACCCUUUCAAUGACUUUGCCGAUUUCGUGUCAGAUAUGUCUCGGAAAGGUCAGGCAGCCGGUCAUUUGUGCCAACCACCACGUGUUCUGUUCAUGCUGCAUGGAAAUGUGGUUAAAGAAAGCUAGCCAAUGUCCAACCUGCAGAGUCCCAAUCACAGCAGAGAACCCCUGCAGAAAAAUCAUCGGAGGGACCAAUGAGAACGAUCACGGUGAAAGCCCUUCCAUGAGGAAAUGUCUCAGAAAAACCAGAGGAGAACUGCUUUUACGCGAAUAUGAGGAAGAAAUUGAAGGGCUCUUUAGAGAAAAUGAAGAGCUGAAAACAAAAAAUCUAAGUCUGGAGGCACAACUGAAGACUGCUUUGGAUCCCUGCAGCAUUAAUGCAGUGCAAACAGGUGACAAAAGUGUUGACCCCUAUGUCCUGGAAGAAUGGAUGAACAAGCUACGAACUGCCACAGAUGUUUGUGAUAAAAUAAAGCAGGACAUGGAUAAGCUAAAGGAGGCAAAUAAGGCGUUGCGAUCUCAAAAUGUCGACCUUGUACAAGAGAAUAUGAGGCUGAAAGCAGAGGUGGCAAGCAGAUCUCCUCAGAAGUUUGGUCGUUAUACUGUGGCAGCACUGGAAGCCAAAAUCCAGCAGUAUGAGCGUGAUGUGGACCACCUGAAGAGGGCUCUGGAGCGCAGUGACCAGUACAUUGAAGACCUGGAGUCUCAGGUCAGCAAGUCUGAGAAGAGACGUCUGGACGUGCAGGAAGCAUGUGAGAGUAGCAAGGCUGGGUCAGAACCUCUCACACAGCAACAGAAAAUCAACAUGAUGAUGAGAAGCUUGAGUGACAAUGAGAGGGAGUCGAUCUGCAGCAAUCCAGAGGCAGAAUGUGGAACGUUUUCCAGAAAUCACAGUUUGAUUUUCAUGCCAUCUGCAGAUCACAAAGAGUUUAAUAAGAAUCUGACCUCAGAUCAGAAAUACAAGGACUUGGAAAGCACCUCCUCUGACCUUUUGCCCACAACUCCGUCAUCUGCUUUCCGUUCCCUGACUCUGAGGAGCCCUGGCAUCCGUGAAAAGAAGGUUGCAUUUAAAGCUGGGUCCUAUCUGAGGAGGCUCGAUUUUGAAGAUUUUCCUAAUAACAGCAGUAUGGACAAACAGCUCAGCAGCCUUGACAAACUCCCCAAAGGCUUGCCUCCCAAUACUGACAUGGAACCGUCAAAGUCUGUCUUCUGGGGUGGUUGGCAGAGUUCCAACUCUAAUGACCAGCCAUGUCCAGAUCCAAGAAAAGAAAGCUCGGUUAAAGCAUCCACGUCCAGUAAUCUUGAGGAUGAUGAGUCUGAUAGUUUCCUAAUGUCCAGCGAGGCCUCCAUGGAUGCAGCUUACCUGGACAAAAUCUCAGAGUUGGACUCCAUGAUGCUGGAUGGAGAAAGCUCCAGUAGCCGGGGAUCACAGCUCUCCCUGGCCUCCUCCCUUUCCACAGACUUGAACAACACUCUCGUCCCAGAACCACAAACCUGCCCUGAUGUCUUGUCAAGCCAUGGAGGCAAACCUGUGAUAGAACAUGACCAGAAGAACCACCCACCACGUGACGACACGGAUUGCACCUUGAAUGAGAAAGCGUCUCCAAAAGGCUCUGAAGAUGAAGGUUUUGCUGCACUGGCGUCGGGUAAGGAGGGGGUUGCCGAUGUCUCUGGCUCUUCAGGGGGUGAAGGGCCCUCUCAGACUGAAGAACUGUCUUUUGAUUUGCUGUUUGAUAUGCUGGAGGAGAAUAAGGCCGGUCCCUCUGGCUCUCUCAGUCCAGCAGGCAAGGACCAUGAUCACGCAGACCCCUCCUCCUCCUCCUCAUCAUCAUCAUCUUCAUCCUCCAGCUGCACAGGAAAACCUGUGAACACACCAAAAGACAGACAAACACUCAACAUCAGCCAGCCAACAAAGAGAAAGUCUCACAGUCCCUUUAACACAAGCAGUCCCACAAAACUUUCAAAGCUCAUGUAAAGCCUUUACAAACCAAACCUGUGUGUUCUCGCUGUGCCAUACACUGUAGUGAGUUUUGUUUAGGCUUCACAACCACACAUGGCUGGAAACAUCAACUUCAUUUUGCUUCAAAAUAAAUUUGUGAACAUGAUGCUUGGGUGUAACUUAUUGUCAUUUUGUCUUAGUGUACUCUACUUGUAGGUCACAGCGGCAGUUAAAUAGCUUUAAAAGCCAGUGUUGACAGUGUGAAAAUGUGUCUGUGUUGUAAUGGUACAAACACCUGUGUGCUGUUAUACUUUGUUAUAUUGUAGUGCAUCACUUUUGAUGCUGAGACAUCUUCAGCCCACUUGUAUGUGUUGGUCAUUUUAAGCUAUUCAGUAAACAUGGUCAUCUUUUUGUGAAGGCAUGCAGUACUGAAGACAGAUGAACAUGACUCAUG